AGUUCACAAAGUUCAUGGCGGACUUAACGAUCUAUCCCAUUUUCAUGAAUCUUAAUCAUUCAUUCAUGACCGCACAGGCCAUAGUGUUGACGACUGUGUGGUCCCUAUUGUUCAUUGACCUUGCCGCUUCUGGUUUUGAGUUAAACCUAUUGCAAUCGUCUGUGGUUGUUCAUAGUCGCUCAGCUCCUCAGAUGAGGUUUUUAAUUUUAGCUACACAGAAAGCAAACUCCCUUUUACCGGUCCUCGCUGAUUUGCCAUAACUAAAAGAUUGACUAUGGGUUUUCGACUUAGCUCAACGAUGUUAUUAAUGGUGGUGUUCCCUAUCAUAUUAGCUUUGGAGAGAGGUGAACUAUUGGAUAUGUCUUACGAGUUUGGAGAUACCACACCCUCUUGGCCUGGUAAUGAGUUGUUCCAAUUGACCCUUGGAUAUCGUGGACCAGCAGAAAAAUACCCAUGGUAUGAAGGAAACAGUUAUUCCUCGUCAGAACAUGCUGGGACACACAUCGACGCACCAGCCCACUUCAGUGAAGGCAAGCUACGAGUCAGCGACAUACCAAUCAGCCGGUUUAUAGGGCCAGGAGUCCGUGUAGACAUCUCAGAGAAAAGCGCAAUGAACCCCGAUUAUCAAAUGACAGUCAAGGAUCUUCAGGACUGGGAAGAAAUCAACGGGAAAAUACCUGAUGAUUCAUUACUGUUUGUUUACACUGGUUGGGGAUCCUUUUACCUUGACCGUCUGGCAUAUUUCGGUUCGGCAAGGAACGACACGUUCGUGGAUGACCAAGGAAACUCAAUUCUUCAUUUCCCAGGUGUGGCACCAGAAACAGCAAUAUGGUUGGUAUCGAAUCGUAACAUAUCAGGCAUUGGUAUCGACACUCCAUCCAUUGACUAUGGUCAGAGUACAGACUUCCGGGCUCAUCAGAAUCUUUACCAGGCUAACAUUUAUGGGAUGGAGAAUGUCGCCAACUUGGAUAAACUUCCUACAACAGGUGCUAGAGUACACGCUCUACCGAUGAAGAUUAAAGAUGGCAGUGGUGCGCCAGUUCGUAUCGUCGCUAUGUUGGAUGAAGACAGCACUUCUGGCACAGCUACCAUGCUUUACAGUGCAUUGGUACUCAUUGUAGCUGUUUGCUGUGCCAUGAUGCUGUAAACAGUGACAUUGCACUGGUAUCGCAAACUUCCUUAAUACACUUCAGAUUGGAUUUUUUUAUUGAGGAGGCUCUAUGGUUUUCAUUUCUGUAUAAGGUUGUGAAACAUUGUUUUUUUCCCUAAAAGUAAUGCUAUACUUCUGUGGUGGUGGUUUUUUCUUUGAAGUCGCCUAACUGUGUCUAUACAAAAAUAUCUUUUCAGAUUUCUUUUAAAAAUAGACGCUGGCAUGUUGACAAUUUGAGUAGUUUGAAAGGAAGACAUAACGUCUUUGAUUAUCAGGAUUUUUGUUCGCAACCAGAGCCUCCUACUUGAUUGGUUCUGCUGCUAUAAUCAAUUUUUUUCCACAGUUCUUUCGCGCUCUUGUCACUUUGAAAAAGUAAAAUAAAAUAUCUCUGAAACUCUAAAUCAAGUUGACCAGACGUGUGUAUUGCAUAAUUUAUUUACUUGACUUCCAUUAUCUGAUGCCUCAUUGGCGAGCUGCUUGAAAGACACUUUUUGGCGGAGGCCCUGUUCAUACCUAUAAUUACUAUACAACACUGUGAGUGGGCUUUAGACUUGGCAGUGAGUAAGGCAGUGGGGGCUCAAUGCUUAAAAUUUACUUCAAAUACUCCAUCCAAACUGAUGAUUUUAAUCCAAUUUUAAAUAACCCUUCAAAUUAUUAAAAGAAAUACCUUCCUAUCAUCUUAGCCUAUCUGUGACUUAUUCAAAGUUUAUAUAAGGGUUUGAGAGCCGCGGGAGGGCGGGUUGUAGUGAAUGAAUCAGCAGGGAUCGAUACUCUUCAACCCCAGACCUGUGGAUUGAUUGCCCUUUAAUUCAUUUAUAAUAUUGUAUAAUCUUUUCAAUGAAUGUGUGGAAACUAACUUAAUUAAAAUGUGGUGAAAUAAACUCUUUCUGUAUUUUAAACAAAGUAAAUAAGUUCUCGCUUCUUAAUAUUCUGUUGUAAACCUUUAAUAACUGGCAGCAAGUCAGGCUAUGGGGCCUACUUGAAAUGGUACUGAAAGAACUUUGUGCAGGGAUCUCCCCAUCCAUGUGAUGUCAAAGAUGGAGGCGGGUAACCCAUCGUAACAACGUAGUCAUAGGUAGUGUUAGCCAUACAGAGGGGGUGUUACUGUUAGGGUGUCUCUUGGACACCCUGUUUUAUCUGCAAUUUAGAGCUUGAAAUAUUUCAAGUGAACAAUUUGUACAUUAAUGGCAAGGCCUCCCAAAUCAUUAUGAUGGCUAAAACCUUGAACGGAAUCAUAAUUAUCACUAGAUUUGCUGAGCCCCUUUUUACAAAGUAUAAACACGCAAAGAUCUAAUGAACUACAGCCACAUUAUGAUUAACAAAUAGUUUUAAGUGAAUUCACGACAAUGAGUGACCCAGCUAUAUAAAA